CAACCAUGUCAAAGAUUUCAUCAGCACCACCAAAAUUGUCUGAAAUCCAGGACUGCUCAAUUUGGGUGUGGAUCAUUCAGCUUCCCUCAACAAAAAUCACACAUUUGGAAAUUAUCAGAAACAAAGAAGAAGAGAUUUAUAAUAAUUAGAGUGAGGUCGAAAGAUGAAGCUGCUGUUGCUGUGAGUAAAAAGGGCACUAUUGCUGGUGCAGUUGCUCUUAUUAUUGGCACUAGUAUUGGUUCUGGCAUUCUUGCUCUUCCUCAGAAAACUUCACCCGCUGGACUACUUCCAAGUUCAGUAUCAAUGACAAUGUGUUGGGCAUUCUUGUUAGUCGAAGCGCUUUUGCUGGUCGAAAUAAACGUCGGUUUGCUAAAGAAGAAGAAAUCGAAAGUCGACAAAGAUUAUGAUGAGUUGGAGGUAAUAUCUAUUAGAACAAUGGCUGAAGAAACACUUGGAGAAUGGGGUGGAUCUUUAGCAACUGUCACAUAUGUUUUCUUAGGUUACACUUCUAUGAUUGUCUACUGUUCAAAAUCGGGAGAGAUUCUGCAUCGUUUGACCGAUAUUCCGGAAUCAAUUUCCGGAAUCUUCUUCACUUUUCUUUUCACAAUUCUUAUAUCUCUUGGAGGUACAAGAACCACUGAUCAAGUUAACCAAUGGCUUACUGUGUCUAUGAUAGGUUUGCUUAUAGCAAUAGAGAUUGUUGCUGUCCACUUCGGAGGGUGGUCGGGAUUCGAGGGCGGCGGCGGUGGCGACUGGGGAAAAGUUCCGGCGACUCUUCCGGUGUUGAUAUUUACGUUGGUUUAUCACGAUCUUGCUCCAGUUCUUUGUGCAUAUUUGGAAGGCGAUCUUAAACGCAUACGGGCUUCGAUUUUUCUCGGAAGUUUGGUGCCAUUGUUAGCAUUGCUUAUAUGGGAGGCAAUUGCAUUAGGCCUUCCCAAUCAAGAAAAUCAAGUUUCUGAUCCUGUUGAAUUGCUUCUCAGUGUGAGAUGGGACGGAGUUCCGUUUAUGGUGGAGGCCUUCUCGCUAUUAGCUGUCGGAACUUCACUAAUCGGCACACUUUUAAGCUUUUCGGAGUUCUUCAAAGAGCAACUCAAUAAAAUGCCCAUUGAUUCUCCAUCAACACAACUUCUUCUUGUGGAAGAGGAAUCAUACACAUUUAAUUAUUACAUGAAUAAAUGGUGGCAUAAAAACAAAGGCAGCAUCACAGCUACUGCAAUGGUUGUUGCCCCUUCUCUUUUUGUGUCUACAACUAUACCAGAUUCUUUUUCUGCAGCCACAGAUAUUGCUGGAGGGUACUGCAUGACAAUGUUGUAUGGAGUACUUCCACCGGCAAUGGCGUGGGCGACGAUCAAUAAGAAGAAGAAGAAAAAACGAGGCGAAAAAUUAGUAUCGAUAUCAAGAACAAAACCCGUGAUUGUUUGUAUGGGAUUGAUUGCUUGUGGGAUUGUGGUACAGCAGAUCAUUCAAGAUUUCUCUUUCUUGCAUUAUCCCUAACAAAAUUUAUUUUGUCUCAAUGUAAAUAUAGUAUUUACUUUUUAGAAAUUUGUAAUAUAUAUUUAUAUAUAAUUCUGUGUAAAUACAUAUAGACCAGGAGUGUAUAUUUAAUGGCUCUGUAUUUUUCAAAAUA